AUGAAAUACGUUCUGGUCUCUGGCGGUGUCAUCUCCGGUGUUGGCAAGGGCAUCAUUGCCUCGAGCACCGGAUUGCUCCUCAAAUCUGCCGGUCUCACGGUUACCAGCAUCAAGUGCGACCCUUAUAUCAACAUCGAUGCCGGUACCAUGUCGCCAAUCGAGCACGGAGAGGUCUACGUGACGGACGAUGGCGGUGAAAUGGACCUGGACCUGGGAAAUUACGAGCGCUAUCUCUUGACUACACUCACUCGUGAUCACAAUAUUACCACUGGCAAGAUUUACCAGCAAGUUAUUGAGCGCGAGCGUGUCGGUCGUUACCUUGGCAAGACCGUUCAGGUUGUCCCCCACAUCACCAACGCCAUUCAAGAUUGGAUCGAGCGGGUGGCCAAGAUUCCCGUUGACGAGUCUGGGAGGGAACCCGAUGUUUGCAUUAUCGAGUUGGGUGGUACUGUUGGAGAUAUUGAGAGUGCGCCGUUCAUUCACGCCAUCAGCCAACUCCAGCGCCGAGCGGGCAAGAACAACUUUGCUCAGAUUCAUGUGUCUUACGUCCCUGUGAUUCAUGACGAGCAGAAGACGAAGCCCACCCAAAGAGCCAUUAGCGAUGUUCGCAGCGCAGGUCUGAAUCCGGACCUGAUUGCCUGUCGCUGCGAGCUGCCGCUGGAGGAAAGCACCGUUCAGAAGAUCGCCAACAUGUGCUCCAUGGAUACCAAGCAGGUCGUUGCCGUCCACAAUGUCUCGACCACCUACCAUGUGCCUCUGCUUCUUGAGAAACAGAAGCUGAUUGGCACCCUCGGUGAAUUGCUGGAUCUGCCUUCUAUUACACGGGACGCUCAGACUGUCGAACAGGGCAAGUUGAUGUGGAAAGACUGGGUGGACCUUGCCCGUGGCCAGGAUCACUCCCACGACACUGUGUCCAUCGCCCUGGUUGGCAAAUAUACCGCUCUCAAGGAUGCCUACAUCAGUGUGUCUAAGGCCUUGGAGCACGCCGCCAUGUACUGCCACAAGAAACUCGAGUUGAUCUGGGUUGACGCCGGCCAUCUGGAAGAGGAGGCCUCGGAAACCAACCCUGCUGAAUUCCACAAGGCUUGGCAUGCGGUUUGCACUGCUGACGGCCUGCUGGUGCCUGGUGGAUUCGGCACCCGUAACACUGCCGGCAUGAUUCAAGCGAUCACUUGGGCUCGUACCAAGAAGCGCCCCUUCCUUGGUGUCUGCCUCGGAAUGCAGCUCGCCGUUCUGGAGUAUGCCCGCAAUGUGAUGAACAUCGAGGAUUGCGGCAGCGAAGAGCUCCACCCUCAAGCUAAGAACCACGCCAUCGUCUACAUGCCCGAAGUCGACAAGGACAAGCUGGGUGGUACUAUGCGCCUUGGAAAGCAUGCUUCUAUCUUCCAGCCAGGCACCGAGUGGUCGCGCCUUCGUGCCCUGUACGGCUCCGACGUUUCACAGAUCUCCGAGCGCCACCGUCACCGAUAUGAAGUGAACCCAGAAAUGGCUGAUGAGAUCGAGAAGGCUGGCCUUACUUUUGUCGGCAAGGAUACCACGGGUCAGCGCAUGGAGAUUGUUGAGAUCAAGGAUCACCCCUGGUUUGUGGGUGUGCAAUUCCACCCCGAAUACCUCAGCCGAGUCCUGGCUCCCAGCAGAACUUUCCUUGGUUUCUUCGCUGCGGCCGCUGGUUGCUUGGAGGAGGCCACUGCUGCCCUGAACAAGGGCUUGCGCAGUAUCCCGACUCAGCAAUAG